AUGACGGUCCGCUUCGUCGCUCUUCUCUUCCUGGCGGCCGUCGCGCCCUCUGCGGCAAUCCUCGACCCCGGCGACUUCCUCGCUCUGCAGGCCAUCCGCAAGGCCCUCGACGACGUGCCGGGCUCCCGCUUCUUCUCCUCCUGGGACUUCACCGCCGACCCUUGCGGCUUCUCCGGCGUGCGCUGCGCCGGCGACCGCGUGGUGGCGCUCUCCCUCGGGGAACCCCGCGCCGGCUCCCCCGGCCUCACCGGCCGCUUCGACCCCGCCGUGGGCCGCCUCUCGGCGCUCGAGGAUCUCUCUCUCGCUCCAGGCAGAGUCGUCGGCCCUCUCCCCAGCACCAUCACAGAGCUCACCAACCUCCAGUUCCUCGCCCUCAGCCGCAACUUCCUCUCCGGAGUCAUCCCCCCGGCGAUGGGCUCUCUAGUUCGGCUCCGCACCCUUGACCUGAGCUUCAACCAGCUCUCCGGGUCGGUCCCUCACGAGCUCGCCGCCAUGCCCACCUUGUCCAAUCUCGUCCUCGCCCACAACCACCUCUCCGGUGAACUCCCCGCCUUCUCCUCGCCGGCGCUAGUGAGACUGGACCUCAAGCACAAUAAUCUGAAUGGGGUAAUCUCCGCUCUUCCGCCGUCUUUAGAGUACCUCUCCCUCACCUGGAACCGGCUCAGCGGCACUGUGGAGUGGCUCCUCCCGCAACUUCGCCGGCUGAAUCACCUCGAUCUCAGCGUGAACCAUCUCACCGGACCCAUUCCCCCCGCCGUCUUUUCCCUCCCGCUGAAUGAACUCCACCUCCAGCGCAACUUUUUCUCCGGCGAGGUGAGGCCGGAGGGAGCGGUGACGAUCCCCACGGUGGAUCUCAGCUACAACCAGCUUUCUGGGGCGAUACCGCCGGCGUUGGCGACGGCGAAGCGGCUAUACCUGAACAACAACAGAUUCACCGGGGAGGUGCCGGCGGCGUUCGUGGAGAAGCUGCUGAACGCGACGAUCCAGACGCUGUAUCUGCAGCACAACUUCCUGACGGGGAUGGAGCUCAGCCCGGCGGCGGAGAUGCCGGUGAGCAGCUCCCUGUGCCUGCAGUACAACUGCAUGGUGCCGCCGCCGGCGAAGAUGACUUGCCCACCCAAGGCCGGGUUCAAGAAGGUCCGGCCCACCUCCCAGUGUGCCGAGUGGAGCGGAUAA